AGGGCACUGCCAUCUCCCCUGAAGAGUCAAGGGCUGACUCGAGGCAGGAACCAGGCGAGUCCGACCCAGGUGGCCCUAGUCUUCUCGGCGCCCAGAGCUUGGCUUCCAAUUCCUUCUGCUAAGAGACAGGAAUAGUCCUCGCUCUGCCUGUCUGGGCCUGGGUCAGGGUCUGUGCCAGGGGUGGGACCGAAAAGAGGGGCUGGUGCUGCCAGGCCCGCCUUGACCCCCGGGUCACAGGAUAAGUUUCAAGUCCAGCUGUCCUGGAGCUUCUGCACUCUGAGCGUCAUAACCUGCACCAUGCCCAUGAUCCUGGGUUACUGGGACAUCCGUGGGCUGGCCCACGCCAUCCGCCUGCUCCUGGAGUACACAGACUCAAACUAUGAGGAGAAGAAGUACACGAUGGGGGACGCUCCAGACUAUGACAGAAGCCAGUGGCUGAAUGAAAAAUUCAAGCUGGGCCUGGACUUCCCCAAUUUGCCCUACUUAAUUGAUGGACCUCACAAGCUCACCCAGAGCAAUGCCAUCCUUCGCUACAUCGCUCGCAAGCACAACAUGUGUGGGGAGACAGAGGAGGAGAAGAUCCGUGUGGACAUUUUGGAGAACCAGACUAUGGACGUCCGCUUGCACAUGGCCAGGAUCUGUUACAGCCCUGACUUUGAGAAACUGAAGCCUGGUUACUUGAAGGAGAUCCCUGAAAAGAUGAAGCAGUUCUCAGAGUUUCUGGGGAAGAGGCCUUGGUUCGCAGGGGACAAGCUCACCUUUGUGGAUUUCCUGGUUUAUGAUGUCCUUGACCGGCACCGCAUAUUUGAACCCACAUGUCUGGAUGAAUUUCCAAAUUUGAAAGACUUCAUUACCCGUUUUGAGGGCCUGAAGAGGAUCUCUGCCUACAUGAAGUCCAGCCGCUUCCUCCCACACCCUGUGUAUUUGAAGAUGGCUGUGUGGGGCAGCAAGUAGUGCUCUGGAUGGCAGGAGACGGGCGUGAGGAGCCAGUGCCCUGGAGACCAGGGGGACCUUCCUGCACACAGAACCUUCUGUCUUUUUCUUUCUCCUCUGUUCACUCUAGAUGUUUUCUUGGCCCCCUAUCUCUCUCCCACACCCCUUUCCAUCCCUACUUUAAAGAUUCAGUUUCCCAUCAUAUUUGAGCAAGUUUCCUCCCCCACCCCACAUUAUCUCUCCUGCACUGAAGCCACCCAGGCCAUCCUUCCCUUCCAUGGUUGCUUCUGCUGUGAGCAGCCCAGCCAGAUCCCUGGCCCAUAGUGCUCGGCUCUGAGCUCCCAGCACUGCCCUGAAGACCAGACCUGGCCUGGUGUGCAGACCUUGCUUCCCAGUGUGGUUCCACCCAGCCUGCCUGAUCCCCAGGAAAGCCUUAUUCACACCUGCUGUGUCUUGUCUUAUUCCCUCCUGGCUUCCUGGAGUCAUGAAUGACUGUGUUGGGUGUAUAGGGUGUCCAUUUUCUCUUCUGCUGUCUACUGCAGGGCCACAUGGAUGGGCAUGCAUGUGUGUGUAGAGGGGGUGGGGCUUGCUUGUUCAUUUCUAUCUCCACUUCAUGCACCUCCGUUCCUUAGCAUCAGGUCUCUGCAGAAGGGGAGCCCUUCUGUGCCUGGUUCCCUCUUUAAUUCAGCAUUCAUGGGAUGCCUCCUGUCAGCUCGCAGUACUCUGUGUCAUGGUUCAGGGGGCUCUCAGGUGCUGGGAAAGGGGUCUGAGUAGUCUAUUGAUGAUGUGGGAUCCUGGAGGAUUCGCUUCUGUCACCCUUUCCUGGAAGCUUACCCUGCUUUAGAUAUCUUUCAUGUGCAUUCUUAAAACUUAUCUCAGUAAAGUCUGCCCCUACUAUAUUACAAUUGUGUUUUACUUGUUCUUCUCUCCAGCUUGACCAUAAAGUCACUGAGGAAAGAAUCCA